CACGACUCACGGAUCUCAAAGAUGAGUUCCUGCAUGAGAGUCUGACCCAGUCCUGCAUCAUUCACGAUGUCUCGGUCAGCCCUGUCCUAGAUGGAAACAUGGGCGACAGGCGCGAGAGAGGCGCCGUGACGCGCAGGCGGAGAACCGUGACGAUCUGCAGCGAAGCCGCAGCGGCGGGCGCGAGCUCGAAACGCACGGACAGGCGCGAGCAGAGCGGCGGUGACACCUCCCGCAACGCGAUCGCCAGCUGCGAGCACGUGCACGAGACGGCCAAGAGCAAAGAGGAUGGCCUUAAGGACAAGAUCAGCUGCCAUCGGCUCCAGGAGUCACUGCUCAGCUCGGAGAGCGGCUACAGCAACUACAGAGGAAUCCUCAACUGGUGUGUGGUCAUGCUGGUUUUGUCCAAUGCACGCCUUUUCCUGGAGAACCUCAUAAAAUAUGGCAUACUUGUGGACCCCAUCCAGGUGGUCUCCCUCUUCUUGAAGGACCCAUACAGCUGGCCCGCUGCAUGCCUUAUCAUUGCAUCUAACGCGUUUAUCAUGGCAGCUCUACACACGGAAAGACAGCUGGCGAUGGGCAGAAUCUCAGAGAGCACUGGGACGUUCCUUUACUGCAUCAAUCUCAUGGCUGUUUUGUGCUUUCCAUCAGCCACCGUCCACACACUGACCUCUAUGACCCCAGUGGGUGGAAUCAUUGCACUAUUAGUAUACACAGUCCUCUUUCUGAAGCUCUACUCCUACAGGGAUGUGAAUAAAUGGUGCCGGGAAAUCAGACACGUCCAAGCCCGAAAACUGUCUCGCUCCAACUCCUGUCCGUCUGUGCAGAGAGCCAACGGGAACGCGGCACACAGUCAUGUGACCUACCCGGGCAAUCUCACCCACAGAGACAUGUAUUAUUUCAUUUUUGCCCCAACGCUGUGCUACGAGCUGAACUUCCCCCGGUCCCCACGGAUACGGAAGCGCUUCCUGCUCAGGAGACUUUUUGAAAUGCUCUUUUUGAUGCAGUUACAAGUCGGCUUGAUACAGCAGUGGAUGGUGCCGACUAUCCAGAACUCCAUGAAGCCUUUUCAGGACAUGGACUUGUCCAGGAUGGUGGAGCGCCUCCUGAAGCUUGCUGUGCCUAAUCAUUUAAUAUGGCUCAUCUUUUUUUACUGGUUAUUCCACUCCUCCAUGAACUUUGUCGCUGAACUGAUGCAGUUUGGAGACCGAGAAUUUUAUCGAGACUGGUGGAACUCAGAAACAGUGCCAUAUUUCUGGUCAAACUGGAACAUCCCUGUCCAUAAAUGGUGCCUGCGGCACUUUUAUAAGCCCAUGUUGAGAAGAGGUUUGAACAGGCUGACAGCUCAGAUCGCCGUGUUUUUUCUCUCCGCUUUCUUUCACGAGUACCUGGUGAGCGUGCCUCUGAAGAUGUUCCGGCUUUGGGCGUUCAUGGGAAUGAUGGCUCAGAUUCCGCUUGCCAUGUUCGUGGGCCGCUUCCUGAGAGGUAACUACGGCAACGCAGCGGUGUGGAUCUCUCUGAUCAUCGGUCAGCCCAUUGCUGUGCUCAUGUACGUCCAUGAUUACUAUGUGCUUCAUUAUGGAAGUGCGACAGAAGGCGGGGCUUCACCACCAUAAGCAAUAUGCUGAAUUUAAAAACAAACAAACAAACAAAAAAAAAAAACAACCCCCAAACCGAUUUUUCAACAUUUUUAAGGAUCCGAGCAAGAACGACGCUUACGUCAUUACCACGAAGAGGCAAAUCCUCUGCUAAUGCACUUUAUAAGCGCAGAGAGAGACAGAUAAACAGACAGAAAAAGAAAGAGAUAUUGAGAAAGAAACAGGGAGGAGGGGGGGAGAGAGAAAGACAUGGAGAGAGAGAGAGAGAGAGACACACACACUGCCCAAAGCAAAGCAUCAGCAUUAAAUUGCCCUGAAGCUCACACACUCGAGCUUACACCAUGACCAUUUUUUCCCCUUCUUGCUUUUUGAUUCUGUUUCAUGAACAUUCUAUAAACAGUAUACACACUUUGUGAUAUGUACACAUACUGUUUCAUUCAGCUUCUAUAUGUAUAGUUUCGCUUCCUUUACAUAGUAAAGCCAUUUAGGUUUUUGCACUUUAUCUACAACGCAUGCGUUUCCAGAACCUCGCAGAGUUUCUUCAUCAGUUAUUAUUUAGCAAAUCAUAUACAAAUUAAUUACAAUUCAAAUGAAUGUGUAUUAUUUGAGAGAGAGAAAAAAAAAAGAUUGUAACAAUUGUUUAUCCUUAGAAACAGUGUUCUACAUUUUAAUUUCAGUUCAAAUUUGAAUGAAUAUGCUGUUGUAAUUUCAAGUGACUGGACCAGUAUUGAGGUACUUUCAAAUCCUUUUGACCCAAAGAUGUGAAUUCCAUGAAUUACUUUGUAAUAGACUUUCAUUGAAUGGCUGAAAGAUGAUAUACAAAUCAAAGUAUUUCUAUUCCAGACUUUUCCAUGUAAUUACAUUUUUGAUACAGAUUUGGUUUUAUAAGGAGGUUUAUUUUAGUGACAGGUGCCAAAAAAAAAAAAAAAAAAAAUCUAUAAAUCGCACAAUUUCCGCCCACGACCUUUAACAUAAUGAUGUACAGAUCAUUGCUACGUUCCUACGUACGUUCCGACGUAUUGUGGCAGCUGACGUUCCGGAUAAGAAAAUAAAGCUGGUCAAGCCAA